GCCUCCGCCCUCAAGCGCCCUCAACUGGGGGAGUAGGGUUAUGUUGGUUUCGUCGAUAGCCAGGCGGAAAACAACGAAAUAACAGCAAAAACAUCUAUCAAAACAAGUUAAAAACAUCAUUAAAUUUACUACAGUGUUAUCAAACGAAUUGGUUGAUCAGUCGGGUGUCGUUUCCACUGCACCAUGGGCGCGGAUAAAAGGCUCAGUCGGGGUGAACGCAGUGGAAGAUAUGGCUCUGAUGGAGGGAGAGAUGAUCCAGAAUGGUAUGACAGACGGAAUAGAGAUGUAGAGAGGGAUUACGAUAGACGCUGGAAUGACGACAGACACCGAGAUCGCUUUGACGACCGUAGAGAUCGAGACAGAGAUAGUCCUGAGCGGGGGCGAAAGCGCCACAAUAGUGACAGAUCUGAAGAUGACUACGAUGGGGAUUAUCCAGACCAAGACUACAAAAUGGAACAGGAGGAGGAAAGCAAGACCAUUAUGCUCAGGGGUCUCUCUCUCCAUGUCACAGAGGAUGAUAUUCGGGCAGCACUUGAGCAGCUGCAGGGACCCCAGCCUGUGGAUAUCCGCUUGAUGAAGAAAAGGACAGGUAUAAGCCGAGGUUUCGCCUUCGUGGAGUUUUAUCACUUGCAAGAUGCUACCCGAUGGAUGGAGACCAAUCAGAACAAGCUGGUGAUCCAGGGAAAAAGCAUUGCCAUGCACUACAGCAACAGGAGACAGAAGUUUGAAAACUGGCUUUGCAAUGCUUGUGGGCUGUACAAUUUCCGGAAGAGGCUGAAGUGUUUCAGGUGUGGCGCAGUCAAAGUUGAUGGGGAGGCUCCUGGAGUAAGUGGUGUAAACACAGAGUCUCAGCAACCUGGAGAUUACAACGGGGACACAAUAAUUUUGAGAAACAUUGCCCCCCUUUCAACUGUUGAUGGGAUUUUGAACAUACUGGCACCCUAUGCCAACCUAUCUGCUGGCAACAUCCGCCUCAUCAAAGACAAGCAAACAGGACAGAACAGAGGCUUUGCCUUUGUUCAGCUCUCAUCUCCCUUGGAGGCGUCUCAGCUGCUUAUCAUUCUUCAGAGCCUUCAGCCACCUCUGAAACUUGAUGGAAAGACAAUUGGUGUGGAUUACGCCAAGAGUGCUAGGAAAGACUCAGUGCAGCCUGAUGGAGUCAGAGCCAGCGCUCUUUCUGUUGCCAGCACAGCCAUUGCUGCUGCUCAGUGGUCAUCCAGCCAGUUGCAAGGUUCAGGUGCUCCCUCGGACUACACUGCAUUACAGGAGGGCUUUGCACAAUUUAGUCAGGGACAGAAUUAUCAGUUAUGGCAGCAGCAGGCAGAAGGAUUGGCACCUGUCAUUGGAGAUGGAUUACUAGGAGCUGCUCCAGGAGUGAAGACAUUGAUCCCUGCAGCCACAGGAGUGGUUAUAUCCCAGACAGCUCAAGUUUACCAGCCUGUCAUUAUCAGUCAAGCUGCCAUACAGCCACAUCAGUUAGUGGGGCAGGUUGAGGCAACACAACAGGCAGCUGGAGUUUGUACCUCGUCCUUAACAACGUCUGCAGCCUCCACUGUUACUGCCACUGUCUCUGCUGCUCCCACUACAAACACAGCUGCUGUCCCUGACACCUCCACUUACCAGUAUGAUGAGUCGUCUGGUUAUUAUUACGAUCCACAGACUGGCCUGUACUAUGAUCCUAAUAGCCAAUACUACUACAACAGCCAGACGCAGCAGUACCUGUACUGGGACAGUGAGAAGCAGGCAUACAUCCCUGCACCAGAGGCAGCAGACACAAGCGCAGAACAGGCCUCCACAGCAAACUCCACAAGUAGCUCUGCACCCCCACUCACCAUCAACAGUAAAGAACCCAAAGAGAAGAAAGACAAGCCAAAGAGCAAGUCUGCACAACAGAUUGCAAAAGACAUGGAGCGUUGGGCAAAAACCUUGAACAAGCAAAAAGAAAGUUUUAAGAGUAGCUUACAAGCCCCAGGGCUGUCAAAGGAGGAGGACAGGAGAGAGUCUGCAGCUGCAGAUGCAGGUUUCACCCUCUUUGAGAAGAAGCAAAGUGGAGCCUUGGAUAUGCAGCCCCUUCUGUCUGAGCAAGUGAAGCUCAUAGAGCACGAGACAUCAGCCAAGAGUGGCUUGGUAGCGGCUUACAAUGGGGACAGUGACCCAGAAGAGGCAGGCCCAGAUAAGAUGGAGGAAGACGCAGGGAAACUAACAGACUGGAAGAAGAUGGCUUGUCUGCUCUGUCGAAGGCAGUUCCCCACCAAAGAGGCUCUGAUUCGUCACCAACAGCUCUCUGACCUGCACAAGCAAAACUGGGAAAUUCAGAGAAGAUCUAAGCUCUCAGAAGCAGAGUUGGAGGAGUUGGAGAGGAAAGAGACUGAGCUGAAAUACAGAGACAGAGCAGCUGAGAGGAGGGAGAAGUAUGGUGUCCCUGAACCUCCAGCACCUAAAAAGAAGAAAUUCUAUCAGCCUCCAACCCCAACAGUAAACUAUGAGCAACCCACCAAAGAUGGCCUAACAAGUGACAACAUUGGGAACAAGAUGUUGCAAGCAAUGGGGUGGCAGGAGGGCAAAGGUCUUGGACGCCACCAACAGGGCAUCACAGCUCCCAUUUCGGCUUCAUUAAGGACCAAGGGCACAGGCUUGGGUAUUAAAGGAAGUUCAUAUGAACUCUCAGCAUCUGACACCUACAAGGACGCCGUCCGUAAGGCCAUGUUUGCACGCUUCACUGAAAUAGAAUAAAUGGGCCAGAGAGACGUUAUCAUCUGGAAUUGUAAAUGCAUGACCAAGUGCUCCCACUGUAAGAAGCACAGCGAAGGAAAGGGUGUUUUUUUGUCUGUUUUGUUUUUCUUUAAGAUAUUUUGUAAUAAGGAGCUGCAAAUGUUAAUAUUCCUCUUUCUUACUGGCUAAAAUAGUCAUUUAUAUUUUUCCUAUGUAUAUGAAAUUCAGUUUUGUUUUAAAUAACUAGACCUUUUACCAUGAAAAAUGGGUGUCAUCACUUGAAUGAACAUGUAAAGUUUGUACAGAUAUUUGUACAUAAAAUAAUGUGGUCCUGCUGA